AUGGAAUAUGAAGAGGAUGAUGAUGUUUCCUUUGCAAAAUGGAUGAGCAGCUUCUGGGGUCACAACUUGAUCAGUGAGAAUGAGAAAGAGACUAGAGGCCACAAGAAACGUCAGACACGACUCUUAAGUGAAAGAAGAGCCUCCCUGCCGGCCAGUCUUUCCUCCCUCCAAACAACACGACUUCAUGCUUCUACCAAAGGUUCAUCUUCAGGCCAUCUCAAGAGCUCCAAGGAAUUUCAAGAAGACCAAAAUUUCAAAUGCCACUGCCACAGGAAGGGAAGCAGAACACCUUCAUCAGACAGCUCAUGCCCAGAGACAAGAUCCAACUCCAUCCAGGAGACAAGAUCCAACUCCAUCCAGGAAUUUGCAGAGUCCUUUGAAAAGCAAUUGCUUCUUAAAAGCAAACGCUCAGUUUCUUUGCAACCUGAAGACAUGAAGGAGAGAAGAGAGAGAUUGCAUUUAAGAAAAAGCAAGUCUGACAAGAAAAUGGGAGAGAAAUCAGAGCCAAGGAGAGAGCACAAAGAAGAUGAAGUUUUAGAAGUUGUACCUGCUGAACACAACGAACAAUUUCCAUCACAAGCAAGCACCGAGGAAAGAUAUUUAUGCACAGGCAACUAG